AUGACGAAAGAAGCAGAUAUUAAACGUCUUUUUGCCGAAGCAAAAAAGGUCUAUGGUAAACUCGAUAUUUUAGUAAACAAUGCGGGGAUCUAUGAGUUACGAUCAAUUGAAAAUGUAACAUCUGAGUUCUAUUAUAAACAUUUCGAUUUAAAUGUACUCGGUGUUAUCCUUUGCUGUAAAGAAGCUUUAAAAUAUUUUAAUCCUGCCACAAAUGGCACUAUCAUCAAUAUUGCUUCGACAGUGAGUACAUCACCGAUUGCAAACCAUUCUGUUUACAGUGCGAGCAAGGCAGCUGUCGAUGCGAUGACAAAAUCUCUAUCAAAGGAACUAGGACCACGCAAAAUACGGGUCAACUCUAUCAGUCCUGGCCUAACUGAAACGGAAGGAGUCCGUAUGUCCGAAAUUCUUGGAAGUAGUCUCCAUUUGGAACUAAUAACACGGACACCACUCGGUCGCAUUGCUCAGCCGGAUGAUAUCGCUCGUGUUGCUGUUUUCUUUGCAUCGGAUGAUUCUGCGUGGGUCACAGGUGAAUCGUUGAGAGUAUCAGGUGGCUCAAGUGUAUGA